ACGUCAGGCCCUCCUCAAUAGACCACGCCCCAGAGAGCUCCUCCUCCGAGCCCGCCCUGCGGCGCAUUGUGGGAUCUGUCAGCCCCACCGGAGCGGGACACGGUUCUAGGUCAUGGGGAUCCAGCCGAGCCCGGUUCUGCUAACCUCUCUGGGGGUGGGGCUGCUCACUCUGCUUGGCCUGGCUCUGGCUACUUACCUGGUUCGAAGAUCCCGCCGGCCGCAGGUCACUCUCCAGGACCCGGAUGAGAAGUACCUGCUGCGAUUGCUAGACAAGACGACGGUGAGCCACAACACCAGGAGGUUCCGCUUUGCCCUGCCCACCGCCCACCACAUUCUGGGGCUGCCUGUGGGCAAGCAUGUCUACCUCUCUGCCCGAAUUGAUGGCAAUCUGGUCAUCAGGCCUUACACUCCUGUCACCAGUGAUGAAGACCAAGGCUAUGUGGAUCUUGUCAUCAAGGUUUAUCUGAAAGGUGUGCACCCCAAAUUUCCUGAUGGGGGGAAGAUGUCUCAGUACCUGGAUAGCCUGAAGAUUGGGGAUGUGGUGGAAUUCCGGGGGCCAAGUGGGUUGCUCAGUUACGCUGGGAAAGGGAAUUUUAACAUUCAACCCAACAAAAAAUCUCCACCCGAGCCUCGAGUGGCAAAGAAAUUGGGAAUGAUCGCCGGUGGGACAGGAAUCACCCCCAUGCUGCAGCUGAUCCGGGCCAUCCUGAAAGUCCCUGAAGAUCCCACCCAGUGCUUUCUGCUUUUCGCCAACCAGACUGAGAAGGACAUAAUCCUUCGUGAGGACCUAGAAGAACUGCAGGCCCAAUAUCCUAAUCGCUUUAAGCUCUGGUUCACUCUGGACCACCCUCCAGAAGAUUGGGCCUACAGCAAGGGCUUUGUUACUGCAGACAUGAUCCAGGAGCAUCUACCCGCCCCAGCCGAGGAUGUGCUACUGCUGCUCUGUGGGCCACCACCUAUGGUCCAGCUGGCCUGCCACCCUAACUUGGACAAGCUGGGCUAUUCACAAAAGAUGCGGUUCACCUACUGAGCAUCUCGACGCCUUCCUGAUCUCAUGUGUACAGUUGUCCUUAGUCAGCUCUUGAACACCAAGAGGCCAAGGGCCUUUGCUGAGAGAGCAUCAGCCUUUUGGGUCUCAUCCUGGAAUGUGGAUGCUUGCAGAAACAACAGUCCUCCAGCUAUGGUAGAUGCAGGUCAAGGCUGAGUCACUCCUUGGACUAAUCUCGUUGUGAUAAGAGGUCCAGAUGAGGCUCAGGGAGCAGUUCUUUCCCUAGAGCCAGAAGCUUCUAUGGUUGGCUAGUUUCUGAGAGCAUCAUCGGCUUAUCUUUGUAUCUGCAAUGAA